CCCGCGCCUACAGCCUGGUGGCCCCACAAGGGGUGCCGGCGGAUCUGUGUUCGGAUCGCAGUUCACGGUACCGCAGGGGGGUCUUGAUUUCUGACCUGGGUUGACAAGCAGGGAGUGCCAUUAAUCCCCAAGUGCAAAACUCGAGCAGCCCUGCCAAGGAAGGGCAUGGCGCGCGGCCAGCUCGGCAGCCCCGGCCGGAGGGAGGCGGGGGCCUAUGAGAGGCCCCGCGGCAGGCACCCUCCUUCGCAUCGCUUCGAUGCGACGGAGCACGCCUGCGGCGCCUGCGGUGCCGAGCCUGGAAACCUCCGUAGGCUCGACGGAUUGGCGGCCCAUUUCUUCUUUCCAGUCGCCGGGGUGGGCCCGGCGUCGUGGAGCCAGCGCUUUCAGGAGCACGCCGUCCAGGCGAUGAGGAUCUUGGCGAUGGUCAUGACGGCCUCGUCCCCGUGAGUGAGCUUCCGCGAUGGAGCUGCACGGUCUCCUCGUGCCAGACGCGAGGCAGAAAUCAGUCGGCGGGCCCGCCCGAGCAUGCCCUGUGCAAUCGUCAUAUGCCAAGGACUGGUGUUCCACACCGCCGGGUUGCACAGGCCCUCUCGAUCACCGUCGACGGCAGUCGCCUCUCGGACGUCCCGUGAUUCAUCCAGAUCAUCACCACCCGUACUGGUGUCUCUGGCUUUUUCCCAGGCGGCCUCCGGCGCACGCUGCGAGAUUAAGAUGGCUUCGGUUUGUGAUUGUUUGUGCCAAGCAGCUUUCGCGCAGAGGGCCAUGCGCAACUGGCCCAGAUGUCGGGCGACUUGGCGAACAAGGACAAACAGUGGACGAACAUGUUCUGCAUGCUGGUCAGAGGAGAUCUUGAAGGGCCCUGCGAUGUCGAAACAACAUAAUAGCAGGGCAGCGCUGGAGAAAGCGACGAGGCAAAACGAGAGGCUGGAAUCUACAUGACAACCACCCUCGAAGAAUUUGAACAGCACCUUCUCGUGCGGCGGGUUCGACCCAGAGUGAGCCUCUUGGCAACAGCGCCAGCAACGCGAAACGAGCCAGAAGCAAGCGGGCUCCCUCGGAGUGAGCCUCCCGCCAAGAUCGCUGGUGACGUGAUGUGCCGUGGGAACGACCGGUCACGCUGGCGAGGCGUCGGGUGGCGCGCAGACAGCAUCGUCAUCAUCAGCAUCGAUGCCAUAAGCGUGCAGCGCGCAGGUAGCUCUGCCCACAAGGUCCAUUGCCUACCCCCGCUGCGUCCAGUGCCCUGGGGGGGAAGCCCGGGGCUGGCGGUUCUGGCCGAGCAUUUCAGCAGGCGCGAGAUGCAGGAAAUCGCGGACACCUGGAAGUUCGAAUGCCAGAUGGAGUGGAACGAGGCCCACAGCCUGCUGGCGCCAGGGGACCGGCCCGCGGAGGCGCCCCCGAAGGAAUGACCGGCUCGGCGCGCGCGCGCUGGGCUGCCAAAAGGUGCCCACGCCGUCGCUCCGGGUACCACAGACGCCCCCCAGGGUGUGUCUUCGAUGUGGCUGGGGUCCACUGUCCCCGCUGUUGCGCGCGCGCGCUCCAUGCGCGCCGUCCGCUGCGCGCGGCGCCUCCGAAGCCUUCGCUGUUCGGGGUCGAGUAAGAACGGGUCACCAUUCUCUCAGGGCACGACGUCCACGUCCCGGCUGGAACCUUCGGCGGCCCACCGGCUGCCCAGCCGCGGCCAGCCGGCGGCUGACCGGCGGCCUAUCGUCGGCCCAUCGGCCCCCAUCACCAUCGGCUGCUUUCGGCGGCGCCAAGGCGGCGCCAGCGAAGACGGCGCGCGCCGGGCUCCAAGACGUGCCCACGGUGUCGCCUUUUCCCGCGGCGCGGCGGCCAGCGCCCUUUGAGGGCCUCGCUUUCGCCUUCGUGGCCGUCUUCCUCAUGCGGGCAGCGGGAGCAAGAGGA